CCGGCUACCUGCUGUUGUGGGGGUCAAACAAGCAGGGUCAACUGGGCUAUACUCCCAAGGGUGAUCCUCUUGUUAGAUCUUCGCAGGGGGGACGUCAGCAUGGCCACCGUCAGCAGGGAGAGUGGGGGUGCUGAGGACUUUUGCAGCCCUCCCCUACCCCGACCAAAUGCCCCUCUCUCUCACAAUUCAAGAACAUAUGAUUAAGAAACUUCUGUCAAUUGAGGAAGAAGACAUGAUUGAUGACGAUUUGUUUACGUACACAGAGACAGUGUUUGCCUCAGUGUGCGCUUGGAACAGCUCCCUCACGCUUGCUGGCUUGCACAAACACACACACACACGGGCUGGACUACCGUUUGGCUGAGGACUGUGUGGCUCAGAUUGGCCGGAUUGCAAGGGAGACCAUCCAGGAAGUGGCGAGUGCGUGCGUUUGUGUGCGUUUCACUGCAUUUUACUGAAGGUUUCCCAGGACAAAACAGGACAAACCGACCUGCUGGCAUUUCACACGCAGAAUCUCACAAGCGUCCACUGAUCCAUUACCGAGCUAAUCCAAACGUAUCCAAACGUCCACAGGUUCGUACUGGCAUUCAAAACGUGGCCAAGAGUCUUCCUUCGCAUCCCCCAGCCAGGACGCCUUACGCUGUUAUGUCCUUCCCCUGUACAAGGACUUCACUGACCCUAAACAAACGGCCAAACUCCAAACGCCGUAUGCUGAGGGAGUGUUGAAGCUUGGCAAGGAGAUGGCGGAGGUGUUCAGGACUUUACACUAAGGCUGGUUACUUUGUACAAGAAUGUGGUGGUACAAAUACUGAAUUCAGCUCACCAAUGUAGCUCUGAGAGACCGGCGUGCCCUUGUGUCUUCCCUGCGGCUGUUGUCCCUGGUCCACGGUCUGAACUUCCAAGCCGGCUGCCGAGUGGGGCGGUUGAACUACGACGACUUUUACAUCCCAGAAAUUGCAGAGAAAAUUGAUAUUAGGAAUGAUUACUUGAACUGGAUGAACAGCAGGCUUCACCCGAUGUCCAGGAGGGAGAGUCCAAUCCUGUUCUGUGAGUAUCCAUUCUUGUUCGAUCCUCAGGCCAAGACGCUGCUGCUCAGGUGUGACGCCACUCGGCAGGGCGAAUGUUUCCCAGACCACCCGGUCAUACGCACGUUCUGGGAAGUAUUUCACAAACUCUCCCUGGAGCAGAAGAAGUGGUUUUUGAAGUUCCUGACGGGCACUGACAGGGUUCCUAUUCUGGGCAUGAAGGCACUCAAGUUGAUGAUCCAAAGCACAGCAGACGACAGCUUCCUUCCGGUCGCACACACCUGCAUCACCCAACUCAACCUGCCAAAAUACAACACCAAAGAGAAGCUGAAAUACAAACUUCUACAGGCCGUACAGCAGAGUGAAGGGUUCGGCCUGGUGUGAGGGUGUCAGGGGGUGUUGACGGGGUGUGAGGGGGUGUUGAAGGGUGUGAGGGGGUCAGGGGGAGGCUGUGUGAGUUGGAUAAGAGUGACCUUGUGUGUGGGAGGAAGUGCCUGUUAAGAAAAUAGAAUAUAUAGAAAUUAAUAGAAAAUAUAUGUAAUAGUUUACAGAAUUAUUAUUAUUAUUAUUAUUAUUAUUAUUAUUAUCAAAUUGAGUAUAUUUUUUAGUCUUGUUACAAAAAAAAAUGAAUGAAAUAAAGAAAAUGAAAAAG